AUGAGAGUCUCUCGAAUCUCUUUCGUAGCAUUCGCUCUUGCGGCCCUGGGGAAUGCUCUCCAACCGUUCGACACAUGGGGCCAUGAAAGAAUCCAACUGGAGCACGUUUCCAUCCAUUUUCGUUACUCCGAGUCUGGCAAGCCGCCGCUCCUGCUCGUCCAUGGCUGCCCUCAGCACUCGCGGACCUGGACACACAUCGGACCGUUGCUUGCUGAGAAGUAUACCGUGAUCGCUCCGGAUAACCGUGGCAUGGGCGACUCGAGCUUGAGCGACGAUGAUAAUUACACUGCUUUGUCCGCAGGAGGAGACCUUCAGGCCAUCUUGAGCUUCCUCAACAUCAACAGGACUUUUGUCUUUGCUCAUGACAAAGGUGUCGGACUUGCUGCGUCGUUGGCGUUGGAGAAUCCUGAGCUGAUUGAAAAGAUCAUACUCGCUGAGUAUCCGCUGCCUGGAUAUGGGUAUACAACCGAAGUGACGUCUCCGAAUCUGUAUCAAAACUGGCAGCUAGCGUUCUUCGCCGUCCCAGAAGCCGCAAGCUUCUUCAUCCAGGGAAGGGAACGAGAAAUGCUGGACUGGUAUUUCUUCCACUCGUCCUACAGCGGAGUGGACUCAAUCUCGAAUGAUCUGAGCGAGAUCUAUACCCGCUCGAUCUCGAAGCCCGGCUUCUUGAGGUCUAUGCUAAUGUACUUCGCUGCUGCAUUCCCGGACAAAACUUACUUCGAGAACAAGAUUAGUGAAGGCAAGCUGAAAAUGCCGGUGCUGGCAAUCGGAGGAGAGGCAAGUUUUGCUCCUGCUGGUGCUAUCCGGCAGUUGUUUGAGCCCGUUGCUGCAGAUCUUCAGGUUGAUGUGAUUCCCAAAUCUGGGCAUUGGAUAGGAGAUGAGAAUCCGGCAUGGUGCGCCCAGCGAGCACUCCGGUUCUUUUGGAAUAGCUCGAGUGUUCCUGCUGUUGACCUGGCCUGGUUGGAUCAUACGUUUACCAUGCACGGAGCUUUUGGGGGAGUCGAAGUGACGGCGGGCACUAAUGGGACUGCAUGA